AUGGAGCUGAAGCCCUUGUUAAAGAAGCUGGGCUCGACGGUGCGUGCCGUCUUCACGUUCCUCUUCGCCCUGUUCGUCCUGGGCCUGAUGGUGUGGGCCUACGUCGACGGCGUCCAGCUGGCGACGUCCACCUACGGGAUCAUCUCCUUCGGCUUCUACGGACUCCUGCUGUCGCUCCACGUCUUGGUCCAGAGCCUCUUCGCCUUCAUCGAGCACCGACGGAUGAAAGGCCGCACCGAGCCCUGCAGCUUCACCAAGACGGUCGGCUUCACCAUAUCUGCGUACCAGGAGGACCCCGUCUAUCUCAGAGAGUGCCUCAACUCCAUCAAGGCGCUGAAAUACCCCCCCGACCUGCUGCGCGUCAUCAUGGUGAUCGACGGGAACUCGCCCGACGACCGGUACAUGAUGGACAUGUUCAAAGAGGUGUUCGCAGACCAGGAUCCGGGCUGCUACGUGUGGAAGAACAAUUAUCACACGUGGGACCCGACGCAGGGCCGAGGCGGCGUGGGAACAGGGCCGGAGGUGGGUCCGGGCGGAGACGCUGAUUACGUAAUGGAGGAGGACCCUCAGAGAAAGGAAGUGGAGCACCUGAUCCAGACCAAGAAGUGUGUCUGCAUCAUGCAGAAGUGGGGCGGCAAGCGGGAGGUGAUGUACACGGCGUUCAAGGCACUCGGACCGACAGUCGACUAUAUCCAGGUGUGUGAUUCAGACACUAAGCUGGACACGCUGGCCACUGCAGAGCUGUGCAAGGUGCUGGAGAGCAACCCCAAAUACGGCGCCGUGGGCGGAGACGUUAUGAUCCUCAACCUCAAAGACUCGUACGUCAGCUUCAUGAGCAGCCUCAGGUACUGGAUGGCCUUCAACAUUGAGAGGUCCUGCCAGUCCUUCUUCGACUGUGUUUCCUGUAUCAGCGGCCCUCUGGGUCUGUACAGGAAUGACAUCCUUCAGCAGUUCCUGGAGUCAUGGUACAACCAGAAGUUUUUGGGAACUCACUGCACGUUUGGAGACGACAGACAUCUCACCAACCGUAUGCUGAGCAUGGGCUACGCCACAAAAUACACAGCUCGCUCCAAGUGCUACACGGAAACGCCCGCCCAGUUCCUCCGCUGGCUCAACCAGCAGACCCGCUGGACCAAGUCCUACUUCCGCGAGUGGCUUUACAACGCCAUGUGGUGGCACAAGCACCACCUGUGGAUGACCUACGAGGCCAUCGUCUCGGGCGUCUUCCCCUUCUUCGUCACCGCCACCAUCAUCCAGCUGUUCUGGACCGGCUCGCUGUGGGACAUCCUCUGGGUCCUGUGCUGCAUCCAGCUGAUCGGGCUGAUCAAGGCGGCCUACGCCUGCCUGCUGCGGCUGGACGCGGUGAUGGUGUUCAUGUCUCUGUACUCGGCCCUGUACAUGACCAGCCUGCUGCCCGCCAAGUACUUCGCCAUUCUCACCAUGAACAAGAGCAGCUGGGGGACGUCGGGCCGGAAGAAGAUUGUGGGGAACUACAUGCCCCUGCUGCCCCUGUCCGUGUGGGGGCUCAUUUUAUUAGGGGGGCUCUGUCGCACAAUCUACGAGGAGAGCAAGAAGGACUGGUCAACGCCAGCCAAGACGAUGGAGACGAGGUUUCUCGUAUUUGGCUGUGCGGCCUACGUGAGCUACUGGCUCUUCAUGAUCACCCUCUACCUGGUGUGGUUUCGUCGGGCCUGUCGGAGGCGGAGACAGAGUUACUCACUGAAUGUGUAG